CACCCUGCACGCCCGGCCGGGGCCUCCCCUCGCAGCCUGAGAGAGGGGCGCGGCUGCUACUGUCGUCCCGCCACUUCCCGUUCUGGGCCGGCCCAGCGGCGGAGGCUCCUGCCCUGUUCCCGGCUCCGCUGCGGGCGGAGGGCGGAGGGCUCCAGCCUCGGCCUCAGUGUCUCGGCCCCCGCGCUCUGCCUGCUCUGCAAAUCUGGAGGCCAAACGCCAGAAAGACAUGGGACACUGAAGACUGAAGGAGAGAAGGUUGUUUUAAUGUAUUCCUUCCUUCAAAGGACGAUGCCAGGAACUUAAAAAGAUCACUGUCUUCAGCGUGACUCUCGCUUGCUCUGAAUAGACAUAUUCCAGGACCAAAGGGAGCGGGAGGGACCUUUCCCAAGGCCUUUGCUUUCUUACAGCGGCCACACUGAGAGGCAGGGGCCCUGGCUCCCGAUUGUCCUCUGCCAGGAAGACACGUUCAGCCCAAGAUGAACUCGGGACAAGCAGCCACUUGCUCCUUUAACCAUGGAGAAGCAGGUCCACGGUGAGAUGGAAAUAAUCCCCUCAGAGUCUCCCGACUCCUACAUUAAGCUGUUGAAAAGCAACCGCGAACUCCUGGUCACGCAUGUCCGCAACACUCAGUGUCUGCUGGACAACCUGCUGAAGAAUGACUACUUCUCCACCGAAGACGUGGAGAUCGUGGGCGCCUGCCCCACGCAGCCUGACAAGGUCCGCAAAAUUCUGGACCUGGUGCAGAGCAAGGGCGAGGAGGUGUCCGAGUACCUCCUGCACGUGCUCCAGCGCCUCACCGAUGCUUAUGUGGACCUCAGGCCGUGGCUGGCGGAGAUCGGCUUCUCCCCUUCCGGGCUCAUUCAGAGCAAAACGGUGGUCAACGCCGACCCAGUGAGCAGGUACACCCAGAAGCUGCGACACCAGCUGGGCCGAGACUCCAAGUUCAUCCUGUGCUACUCACAGAAGGAGGAGGUGCUGCUGGAGGAGACGUACACAGACACCAUCAUGGAGCUCGUCAACCUCAGCAAUGAGAGCCUGGGCAGCCUGGGCAGCCUGGCCUGCCUCCUGGACCCCUCCACGGGCGUCCUCAACGAGCAGGGGGAGACCAUCUUCGUCUUCGGCGAUGCUGGCGUGGGCAAGUCCAUGCUGCUGCAGCGGCUGCAGAGCCUCUGGGCCGCCGGCCAGCUGGACGCGGGGCUCAAGUUCUUCUUCCACUUCCGCUGCCGCAUGUUCAGCUGCUUCAAGGAUAGCGACACGCUGAGCCUGCAGGACCUGCUCUUCAAGCAUUACUGCUACCCGGAGCAGGACCCCGAGGAGGUGUUCACGUUCCUGCUGCGCUUCCCCCACACCGCCCUCUUCACUUUCGACGGCCUGGACGAGCUCCACUCGGACUUUGACCUGAGCCACGUGCCCGACACCUCAUCGCCCUGGGAGCCUGCCCACCCCCUGGUCCUGCUGGCCAACCUGCUCAGCGGGAUGCUGCUCAAGGGGGCUGCCAAGGUGCUCACGGCCCGCACAGGCAUCGAGAUCCCACGGCAGCUCCUGCGGAAGAAGGUUCUUCUGCGGGGCUUCUCCCCCAGCCACCUGCGGGCCUACGCCAGGAGGAUGUUCCCCAACCGGGCCACGCAGGCCCACCUGCUGGACCAGCUGGAGGCCAACCCCAACCUCUGCAGCCUGUGCGCCGUGCCCCUCUUCUGCUGGAUCAUCUUCCGCUGCUUCCAGCACUUCCACAGCACCCUCGACAGCUCCCUGCAGCUGCCCGACUGCACCGUGACCCUGACCGAUGUCUUCCUGCUGAUCACCGAGGUCCACCUGAACCGGACGCAGCCCUCCAGCCUGGUGCAGCGGAACACGCGCAGCCAGACGGAGACCUUCCGCGCCAGCCUGGGCACCCUGCACUCGCUGGGGCACGUGGCCCACUGGGGCAUGGAGAAGAACCUCUUCAUCUUCAGCCAGGAGGAGGUACAGGCCUCCAAGCUGCAGGAGGCUGACCUGCAGCUGGGCUUCUUGCGGGCCAUGCCCGAGCUGGGCCUCGGCGGGGACCAGCAGUCCUAUGAGUUCUUCCACACCACCCUCCAGGCCUUCUUUACCGCCUUCUUCCUCGUGGUGGACGACAAGGUGGGCACUCAGGACCUGCUCAGGUUCUUCCAGGAGUGGGUGCCUCCCGGGAAGGAAGCAGCUGUGUCCUGUUCCCCCCUUUCCUUCCCUUUCCAGUGCCUGGGGGACGGUGGCCUGAUGGGGGAAGACCCCUUCAAGAACAAGGAUCACUUUCAGUUCACCAACCUCUUCCUGUGCGGGCUAUUGUCCAAAGCCAAAAAGAAGCUCCUGCAGCACCUGGUGCCAGCUGCGGCCCUUAGGAAAAAGCGCAAGGCCCUGUGGGCACACCUGUUUACCAGCCUGCGGUCCUACCUGAAGACCCUGCCCCGUGUUCAGACUGACGGCUUCCACCAGGUGCAGGCCAUGCCCACCUUCAUCUGGAUGCUGCGCUGCAUCUACGAGACGCAGAGCGAGAAGGUGGGGCAGCUGGCGGCCAGGGGCAUCUGUGCCAACUACCUCAAGCUGACCUACUGCAACGCCUGCUCGGCCGACUGCAGCGCCCUCUCCUUCGUCCUGCACCACUUCCGCAAGCGGCUGGCCCUCGACCUGGACAACAACAACCUCAACGACUACGGCGUGCGGGAGCUGCAGCCCUGCUUCAGCUGCCUCACCGUCAUCAGACUCAGCGUAAACCAGAUCACCGACGCUGGGGUCAAGGUGCUGUAUGAAGAGCUGACCAAGUACAAAAUCCUGACGUAUUUGGGCUUGUACAACAACCAGAUCACGGACAUUGGAGCCAGAUACGUCGCCAGCAUCCUGGAUGAGUGCAAAGGCCUCACGCACCUGAAACUGGGGAAAAACAAAAUAACGAGCGAGGGAGGCAAGCGUGUCGCCCUGGCUGUGAAGAACAGCAAGUCCAUCUUUGAAGUUGGGAUGUGGGGCAAUCAAAUCGGUGAUGAAGGAGCAAAGGCCUUCGCCGAGGCUCUGAGGAACCACCCCAGCCUGACCAACCUGAGUCUGGCAUUCAAUGGCAUUUCCAAAGAAGGAGGGAAGAGCCUCGCCCAGGCCCUGAAGCAGAAUGCGUCUCUGAGAAUAUUCUGGCUCACCAAAAAUGAACUCGACGAUGACGUGGCCGAGAGCAUGGCAGAGAUGUUGAUCAACCAGACGCUGAAACAUUUAUGGCUGAUCCAGAACCAGAUCACCGCCCGGGGGCUCGCCCAGCUGGCAGACGGGUUGCAGAGAACACUGGCAUCAUGGAGAGUCUGCCUGAAUGGGAACUUGAUCAAGCCCGAGGAGGCCAAAGGCUAUGAAGAUGAGAAGCGGCUUGUCUGUUUCUGA